GAUCACAUCACUAGUUAUUGCCAUUCCUAUUAAGUUGCGUCUCAUCUCUACUGGAUUAUAUAUACUGAAUAAAAACAAUAUCAUAGCUUUGCAUCAAAUCCUGAUCAUGUCUUCUUCAUCAGAGGAAUUCAACUUCGAAUCUGGAAAUGUAAAAUUAUCUUUAGUACAAUAUCGAAAUACGUUUAAUCAUGGCACCAUAGUAUGGGAUUCUUCUGUGGUAACCGCUUAUUAUGUGCAAAGCCUCUUCAAUUCAUACAAUCCAUCUGAAAAAAAUUUGACAUGCAUAGAACUAGGUAGCGGUUGUGGCCUAUUAGGUUUAGUAAUGUGCUCUUUAGGAUUUGAAACAACUUUAACUGAUCUAGCUGCCGUCGUGGAUGAUGUAUUAAAAGAAAAUGUACGACGUAAUUUAUUUAUUCUCAAUAAUCAACUUCAAAAUAAUGAAAAUUUUCAACAUAAAGCUUACGUUAAAGUAUUAGAUUGGACAACACAACUUUCUUCUGAUUUUACUCCCCCAUAUGAUUAUAUUAUUGCUACUGAUUGUAUCUAUUCAUUGGAUCUUAUUCCUUAUUUU